AUGCUAAAAGCAGAAGAAAGAUUUGACAUUAAUAUGCAGCUGAAUGACAUAAUGAACAAUGUGCAGCGCAUAAUAAAUCGCUACAGUAUUGAACAGAACUUGCUCUCUGGGGAUAGAGCCUUCCUUACAGAAUAUCAGAAAAAACGGCGAGCGAACUUUUUGGAGAAUAUGGCUACUUAUCCUAAUGCAGUUGAAGUUAGAGAAAAGACACUUACCUACAUCCUGGCAUGGUUGGAAGAAUGGAAUAACGUUUUGUCCGAGAUGACCACAAUGGAUGUCAGUGAAUACCACCACUGGAUCGUACAAAUGGAGCUAUUACCAGAGACAUUCAAAGCUAUUGAGAGCAAUGUCAAGAUGCUGAGUAAAAUUAGUAUAUUAUUGUUUGAAGAAAGGAAGAAGCAAAAGAAAAAACGAACAUCUAGAAGUUCUCUGUGGAAGUCUUGGAAAGAAAGAGUUAUAAAGCAACCUGCAACAGCCCAUGCUUUAAGACCAGAUCAGAUGAUUAGUGAUGAAUUUGCAACAAACACAAAGGUUUCAGAAAUCCAAGAUAUGCUACAGGAACUCAUAGGCACUGCAAUGUUCAAUAAAAUAGAAAACAAUGCUAUUAAAUAUAUAUCAUCAACAAUAAUAAACCUUUCUAAAGCUUUGAGUGUGCUAAAUGACGAGUUAAAAGUUUUUAACCUUCAAAGUGCCAAUAUGCACAUAGAUGAGACUGCUGAAUCAGAAAAAGAGCUCUCCAUAAAGAUAAUACAAGAUCUCAGUGAAAAAAAUGAAAUGUUUCAGCAGCAACUUCAAGAUGCAGAUGAAAAAUGUGAACAACUUAUUCAAUCCAAAGCUGUUAUUGAGCAGCAAUUAUUUGCAGCAUUGUCUACAUUGUCAUCCCUGAAAGUAUUACCUAAACUUUCUCCACAGUCAUCAAUGCCCAUUAGUAGAACUGGUGACAGAGAGGACAGUAUGGACACUAUUUUGACCAAAGAAUUUGAAACUAUUAUCGAUCAGACCCCCAAAAAAGGGACCAAAGGCUCUGGGGUCAAAAGGGACCCAGGUAUUUCAUAUGCAGUCCAAGCUGAAAUGAUUCCAGAUUUAACUCAAGAGCAAUACAUUUUACCUGAAAAAAAACAAAAAAAAUCUUCUGCAGGUAUCACUGAAGAUAAAGGCAAUGUAUAUCAGAAAGACAGGACUGACCAGUAUCAGUCACAGAAAAGAAGGUAUACAAAAGAAAGUACGUAUAUUCAUGGGACCUCUGGAUCAAAACUAAGUGAUGAUAAAGGUGAACAGAAAGUUUCAGGGGCCAAACCUAUUUACCACCCUGAGCAACAAGCAUUGGGAAAGAAGGGAAAAGAAAUAAAAUCAUUUUUUGAAGCCAAACUAAAGUCAACCACUGAAUCAAAAAGUCAACAUAUUCCUUCUGAUUUCCCCUCUACUGAACCAAAGAGCAAAGGUGGCAGAAGUGUAACAAGUGAUAUGUGGGAGCGAGUUAGGAAGGUCAAACCUGAAUUUUUAUCUGACAAACAACAAAUUUCUUCAGAAGCUAAAGUGGAAGCCACCACUGAGUCAAAGGAUGAUGAGAGCAAAAGCCUAGCAGAGCCACUCGGGAUGGUCCAACUUGAUCAUUCCUCUGAGCCACAGAAAGGGAAAAAGAGAAAACACCAAAUCUCUUCAGGAACAAGCAAAGAAGAAAAAGCUAAACAGAAGGACAUGAUAAGCUUUACCAAGAAAAUGAAGCCUCAUCAAUUAGUAAAAUUACAAUCAAGAAUAGCUAAAGAGACUUCAGAAUCUACCAGAGCUCUAGAAAAUGGAAAGAUCAAAAGUGACCAGAGUAACCAAGAAGAAUUUCAUAAAGCCCUAAUGACUUUCCUAAACGAGAAAAUUGAUAAUAUAGGAAAGCCUUUUGUUAAAAAGACUGUUGUAAAGGAGGAGUUAUUAAAAAAAGAAGAGGUUGAAAAAUUAGGAAUUAUAAAGGCAAAAAUGGACGAAUAUUUCCAAAAGGUGGCUGAAAUAAUGACCAAAACGUUGAGAAAAUACAACAAUAUGAAACAGGCAGAACAAGGUGGGGAAAAACCUAAGCAACUGCAAAAGACAGUCAUAUUUAUGCCAGGAUCACAUUUUCUGAAGUCAUCAGUUAGCACAGAGUCUGAAAUUAGCACCUUCCUCUCCUAUGAGAACCUAGAUCCAAUACUUAACAAUUUAAUGCAAAUUAUCUUGACUGAAAUAGAAAGUGAAAGAGAAGUUCCAAUAGUCUCAAUAGCAGGGAAAGACCAUAAGGAGAAGGAAGAACAAAGGUGGGAGGAGGAUGAAGAAAACGUUUCUGGCAUGAGUCUCAAACACCAGUUGCUAGAAGAAAGGAAUCUCUGGAAGGAGAGCCAUGAGAUGAUGAAUAAGUAUCUGGAGGAGGAUGAGGCAAGGCCCCAGAUGAAGGAGGGAAAGCAAUGGCAACAGAAGCAGAAGCAGUGGCAGAAAAAAGAGAUGUGGAAGGAACAGGAAAAACAGGGGAUGCAGAAGUGGAUUGAGAAAGAUGAGAAGCAAAAGCAAAGGGAAAAAGAGGAAGAAGAGCUUCAGAAUCUAAAGCAGCAACUGGAAGCAUGGGAGCAAAAAAUGAAAGAGCAAGGGGUGCUCUUGGAGAUGAGUCAGGUUCAGGAGGAAGUGAGACAACUGGAGCUGAAAAGGAGAUGGGAGAAAAAUGAGGAGAUGCAGAAGUCAAGAAGAAAGGCAGAGGACUAUGAAAGGCAGAGGCAGAAAAUAUCAAUGGAUCAGCUGAAGAUUAAGAAGGAAAAACCUGAAGAGCUAGAAAAACUGGUCUCACAAACUUCAGUGACAUUAUCUGAAGGUACCCUUUCUCCCAGUUGGAAGAGCAUGCCAAAAGAUGCAUCCUGGCUAUACCUAGAAGAGAGCCAUAGGAAUCUUAAGACAUUAGAUAUUCUUCCUGAUAGAAAACACUACAAACCAUUCACUCCUCCUACCUCCACACAAUCCUCCCCACCUAUUUCUAGGGAGUCACCUGCAAAUUGGAUAAAUCUCACUCUUGAGCAGGCGCAGGAACUGGGAAUCACUCUCACCCGUGAGCAGGUCCAGGCACAGGGGAUCGCCCUCACCCUUGAGCAGGCCCAGGCACUGGGGAUCACCCUCACCCCUCAACAGGCCCAGGCACAGGAGAUCACCCUCACCCCUCAGCAGGCCCAGGCACAGGGACUCACUUUUACUCCUGAGCAGAUAGAGGCACAGGGGAUCACUCUCACCCCUCCACAGAUCCAGGCACAGGGGAUCACACUUAGACCUGAGCAGGCUGAGGCACAGGGGAUCACCCUCACCCCUGAGCAGGCCCAAGCACAGGGGAUCAUGCUCACUCCUGCGUGGAUCCAGGCACAGGGGAUCACUCUCACCCCUCAGCAGGUGCAGGCACAGAGGAUCACCCUCACCCCACAGCAGGCCCAGGCACAGGGAAUCACUUUGAGUCCUGAGCACAGCCAGGCACAGGGGAUCUCUCUCACCCCUCAGCAGAUCCAGGCACAGGGGAUCAUUCUCACCCCUCAGCAGAUCCAGACACAGGAGAUCACCCUCACCCUUCAGCAGGCUCAGGCACAGGGAAUCACUUUCACUCCUGAGCAGAUACAGGCACAGGGGAUCACUCUCGCCCCUCAGCAGAUAAAGGCACAGGGAAUCACCCUCACCCCUGAGCAGGCCCAGGCACAGGGGGUCAUUUGUACCCCUGAGCAAGUCCAGACACAAAGGAUCACUCUCACCCCUCAGCAGAUAAAGGCACAGGGAAUCACCCUCACCCCUGAGCAGGCACAGGCACAGGGGAUCACACUCACUCCUGAGCAGGCCCAGACACAGGGGAUCACCCUCACCCCACAGCAGGCCCAGGCACAGGGAAUCACUUUCACUCCUGAGCAGAUCCAGGCACAAGGGAUCAUCCUCAACCCUCAGCAGGUCCAGGCACAGAGGAUACCUCUUACUCCUGAGCAGAUUCAAGCACAGGGGAUCACACUCACUCCUGAGCAGGCCCAGGCACAGGGAAUCACUCCCACUCCUCAGCAGGCCCAGGCACAGGGGAUCACACUUAGCCCUCAGCAAGCCCAGGCACAGGGGAUCACCCUUACCCCUGAGCAGAUCCAGGCACAGGAAAUCACUUUCACUCCUGAGCAGAUCCAGGCACAGCUGUUCACUCUCACCCCUCAGCAGGCACAGGCACAGGGGAUCACACUCACCCCUGAGCAGAUCCAGGCACAGCUGUUCACUCUCACCCCUCAGCAGGCCCAGGCACAGGGGAUCACACUCAUCCCUGAGCAGAUCCAGGCACAGGGGAUCACACUUACUCCUGAGCAGAUUCAGGCACAGUGGAUCACUCUCAUCCCUAAGCAGAUCCAGGCACAGGGGAUCUCCCUUACUCCUGAGCAGAUCCAGGCACAGGGUAUCUCCCUUACUCCUGAGCAGAUCCAGGCACAGGGGAUCACUCUCACACCUGAGCAGAUCCAGGCACAGGGGAUUGCCCUCAUGCCUGAGCAGAUCCAGGCACAGGGGAUCACCAUUACCCCUGAACAGAUCCAGGCCCAGGGGAUCACCCUUACUCCUGAGCAGGCCCAGGCCCAGGGUAUCACCCUUACUCCUGAGCAGAUCCAGACACAGGGGAUCACUCUCACCCCUCAACAAGCUCAGGCACAGGGAAUCACCCUUACCCCUAAGCAGGCCCAGGCACUGGGGAUCACUCUCACCCCUGAGCAGUUCCAGGCAUUGGGGGUCACUCGCACCCCUGAGAAGUCCCAGAGUUUAGAGGCAUCGGGGAUCCCCAUCACCCCAGAAAAUGCCUGGAUGUCAACCGUUACUCCUAACCUGAGGCAGACCCAGGCUUUGGGGUCCCCUCUCACCCUAGAAGAGCCUCAAGCAUUAGGGGUUCCUGUCACUCCAGAACAUAUCUGGGAAUUAGAGGUCCCUCUCACCUCAGAUAAAGAUGUUGCCUCGGGACCUCUUUCCACCCCUGAGAUGGCCCCACCUUUGGGAGUCCCCUUCACCACAGGACAGGACCAGUCAGUGGGUGUUACUAUCAUGCCUGAGCAGGACCUAAAAUCAAGAUCUCCUCUCGCUGAGCAGCCCUCCCGACUCCAGGCUGGUCCUCCUUCAGGACACACUUUAGAAGUUGGGAUCUUGCCUAUUACCAUCAAACCCAUCACACCAAGUGCUCCUCACAUUCCGAAGCAGCCCCCCACAUUGGCUCCAUCCACUCUUAGACCAUUUCAAGAACUGAAGGCUUCUCUUCCCUCUGGGAAAUCCUUUCCAUCAAGAUCAUCUCCAGGACCUAGGCAGUUUCUGGCAUCAUCUCCUAUUGCUGAGAAGUCAUCUAUUUUGGGAGCCUCUUCUACUCCUUUGCAGAUAUCAGGGUCUCCUCUCACCCAAGCUCCCUUUGCUGGGAAAUCUCUAGAAAUGGGGAUUUCUUCUGACUCUGGAAAGCUCCUGGAACCACAGACCUUUCCUUCCUUUAGAGGGACUAGGGUAUCUGCGCCUGUGCGGUUCCUAGCACCAAAGGUCCCUGCAGCCCCUGGGCAGCUCCCGAUAUCGAAGUUCCCUCUCACCCCCAGGCAGCCCCUUAAACCCAGAGUUCCACACACCUCUGCACAAAUCCCCAGUCUCCAGGCUCCGCUCUCUCCUAGGAAGCCCUUGGUUUCUAGGGCCUCCUCUAUCUGUGGGGAGCUUCUGGAAUCUGGACCACCAACCUUUCCUGAGCAGCCCCAGGCAGUCCAGUUCUCUCCCAGCCCUGAGCAGUCUCUCCAUUCAUGGGCCCCUUUUACCCAUGGGCAGCAUCUGGCACCAGGGAUCCUUCCCAUUCCUGGGCAACCUUCUCCACUAUGGAUCCCCCCCAGCUCUGGAAAGCCCCGGAAAGAUUCAGCAUUUUCUGUCUCUGAGAAAAGUAAGAAAGGAUUGGCAAUUGUUUCUUCUCUGAAAUCUAAACCAGCAUUGGUCUAUCCCAGUACUCCAAAGUUCAAGGCAACUCAAGUCCCUUUCACUACUAAGAAGUUGCAAAUGCCAGAGGUCUCUGAUAUUUCCGAAGAAAAGCAGAUACUCCAAGAUUCUUUUGACGUGGAACAAUUCAGAACAUUUCAGUCUUAUCUCUCCAAUUACAGGACACAAGUAUCACAAAACCUUUACAUUGAUGAAGAGGCCAUUCCCACUCUCAUGAAACCUAUGACAUCACUACAUUCUCUCACCACAGAACUACCCAAAACAUCACAGUUUUUGCCUUCUGAAUGGGGCCAGAAGUCCCGGUUCCCUCCUAUAGACAAGUCCUGGGUGUUGACUUCAGUUCCAGCUACCAAGAAACCCAAGAUAAUGGUGCCCCCUUCCUCUCCCCAAGAGCUAGAAGAGGAGGAAAAGAGGUAUUUUGUUGAUGUAGAGUCUCAGAGGGAGAACCUGGUACUCUUAAAUCAGGCCACCAGAACUUCUGGACUCCCUUCAUGGUUGCACAAAACAGCUAGGAAUCUUAUAAUUGAGACACUUCAUACAGAUACAGUUCAGCUGGGAUACAUUUUCCAUAAGUACAUUGCCUACAGGCUGAUCCAGCGAAACAACAUAAUCAAACAAUUACAAGCCAUCCAAAACACUGGGAAAGGUAACGAGACCCGGAACCUCUACAACAUGCUGAACAGAAUUGAUGACUACCAGAAAAAGGUGAUGCAGGUCUGGACUGAGAAACAGAAGUCUCUAGAGAAAAAACGGAAUCAGUGCCUGAAGAAAAUGAUGCACUUAUAUAGCCAGCUCCAAGAGACGUAUGAACUGAAUCUUAGUCAACCUAUCGCCUUGAUCACUGACAAAAAGCAGAUACCUGCCUCUACUGAAUUUGUUCACCGGCCAUUCCUAGAGCUACUAAUAGAAGAGGACAGAAAAUAUGACACAGUCAAGAAAUUUAGAAAACAAGAGGACCAAAUGGAGGCCAUCUGGAACGCUGAUCUGUCCACUUCAAGCUACCCAAUAACAGAGAAGACCUCAAUAGGCUCGCUCUGGGCCCAGCUGGGUGGGUACCCAGAUAUCCCUAGGAUGCUCCAGUUAGAUGUUCAGUCUACACUCAGAAAAUCUCUUGCAUCCAUUCAAUCACAGUUUCAGAAGAUUCCCAAGUGA